AUGCAUCUUAUCAAACCCAUCAUUACGCUUACAGCCCUCCUCGUCAGCGUCAACGCCCUCCCAACUGCCUCUAACCCCCUUCUCGAACCUGGGUUACACCAGCUCGAGGCCCGCCAGGACCCUCUAGUCGGCACUUGCACGGUCGACCCCAACGUCUGUCUCAUUCCAUUCGAGAACUCAACUCUGACAGUGACGUGUGGGCUUCGCUUUGUGUUUGGCGGCCCGAUCCAGAUUGAUGAGAGUAGAAGGUGCAAAGCUGAUGGGAACCCGUGCUCGUUUUCGGGGGUGAUUUUGGCUAGUGCGAAUUGUACCUGA